UUCCAGAUAAGAUGCUCUUUUUGUUUUUGUUAACAAUGGUAAGGAUAAUAGAGAUAAGUAUUGGUGCUGAUAUAUUAGUUGCAACAAUGUUGCAAGGUAAAAGUCAUAUUGGUUCUAUGGUACCACUUUUAAAAGAACUUGUUCGACAAGGGCAUAAUGUAACGAUAUAUAUGGAACAGUAUGGUGAAUCGCUUGAUUUUAGUGUUGGCCUAAAUAAAUGGUACAUCAAUCUUACUGAUCAUCCAUUUCCGCUUGCGAUCACUCAAGAAUAUGGUCAAAUAUGGCACAAAGAUUAUAAUUCCUUUGAUGCGGCAGAAAUUUUUUAUUAUGCAUCAGUAAGCUGUGGUUAUGUAUUAGCGGAACAUAAAGCUGAAUUUGAACGUAUUGCAUCAUAUCCAUGGGAUCUACUCUUAACUGAUUCAUUAUUUAGCACAUGUGGUUAUGGCUUAUCAUUAUUAUCAAAAGCUAAUCAUAUCAUUAUGCAUACAUCUAGUGUUGAAGAUUUUUACGCUAUGGCAAAGGGUUUUGGCAGGCAAUAUACGAUUGCUCCACCAUAUUUCAUGAAUUCAUGGCAUGCUAAUUAUGAUGUCCGAAAUUUUUUUCAUCGUCUUACUGUAGCAUAUGAAUUAUUUAGUAUGUGGCUAUCAUUUGGUACCAUAAGCAAUUACUUUAUGCGGAAAACAUUAGCACCAUUGGUGCCUAAUUUUGAUUUUACCACUCAUUGUCGUACGGCUUCGAUGAGCUUCACCGACAUGCCAUUACAUCUUUAUGUACCUGAACCACUUAAUAAUGAGCUAUUCAGUUAUGGUGCUUAUUGUAUGCCAUAUGAUAAGCUAAAUGAUGCAAAAUUGGUAAAUUUUUUGGAUGAUCCCAAAUCAAAUGGUACCAUUAUAUUAGCAUUUGGAACAAUUUUACGUUUAAAAUAUGCUCCACGUAAAUUUCAUGAUAUACUCGCUGAAACACUAAAUCAAUUAACAAGUUAUCGUAUAAUCUGGGCAUGUACUGAUUGUCCAUCAAUGAAACUUAAUAAGCAUAUUCGUGUAUUAUCAUGGAUACCACAAACUGAUCUAUUACAUCAUUCAAAAUCGAAAUUAUUCAUUACGCAUGGUGGAUUAAAGAGCUUGAAAGAAGCACUUUGUGCUAAAAUUCCAACACUUUUUCUGCCAGUAUUCGGUGAACAAGUUCGAAAUUCAUGGCUUGCACAGUAUCAUGGAUUUGGUCGUGUAAUUAAUCGAUUCAAUAUCACCACUGAUCAUUUCCUUAAUUUAAUUCAUGAAAUGCUUCAUAAUCCUACCUACAAACAACGUGCGGAAAAGUUACGAAGAUAUUACGAUGAUGCACCAAUAUCACCCAUUAAGGAAGCAGCAUUUCGUAUUAAUCGUUUACUGAAAUAUGGUGGCCGUAAUAAUAAUAAUAAUAAUAGUAGUAGUUACAAUAUAAUUCAUGGAUGCUUAACCGUUUUUGCCGAUGAGCCAACAUUACUACAAUUUCCGUUACCGGAAAAUGGUCUUGCUAUAAUUGGUGAUUUACAUGGUGAUGCAUUCUGCUUGCUGAAAGCAUUUGAAUUUUAUGGAUUUCCACCCAAUAUAACAUAUCUUUUUCUUGGUGAUUUUCUUGAUCGUGGUCCAAUGCAAAAUGAAGUACUAUUGUUUGUUUUUUUGAUGAAAUUACGCUGGCCAGAAUAUGUUUAUUUAUUACGUGGAAAUCAUGAAUUAUAUGAUCUUACAAAACAUUAUUUUAAAAAUCAGUGUUUAAUGGAUUACAAAAAUCCGUCUAUAUUUAUCUAUAUCAAUCAAUUAUUCGAUUAUCUACCAUUAGCAGCAAUUGUUUCGGAUUAUUUUUUCUUUUGUCAUGCUGGUGUGUCACAAUGGAUGACUUGUCGUGCUAAUAUAGCAAAUAUUCCGCGACCAACAGAUUUAAAUAAUAUGAAGAUUUUAGAAGGCUGUAUUGUUACUGAUAUACUUUGGUCAGAUCCAAAACCAAAUCAAAAAUUGCCAUUUAAUUUAAGUGAACGUGGUUGCUGUUAUAGUUUUAAUCGAGAAGCAUUACAUGCGGUACUUCGAGCAUUAAAUGUUCAUACAUUAAUUCGUGGACAUCAAAUAAUUCCGGAAGGUAUUUUAGAUAAUUUCGAUGACGGAAGUUGUAUUACUGUUCACACAGCUACUCGUGAAAGUAUCGGUUGUAAUGCAUCUGGCACAAUUAAAAUAGCUCGCAAAGAUGACGGAAAGUUUGUCAUGGAAAAACGUAUAGCUAAGAUAAAGAGCAAAAAAGCUCUAGUUAAUUUACGUGAUACAGUUUACGCAUUGUUAUGUGAAAGUCUGCAACACAACAAAUUGAAUCGUGUUAUCCGGAAAUGUCAUUGGUGCCGGAAAGCUUAUCCUAGGAAUAUUACCUGCCGGAUACGUAAUUCGGGUAUAGCCGAAAUAACCUUAUGGAUUUCGCGAUAUGCUUUUCGCUAUGCACUAUGUGAUAAAAUAUUUCAGGAAGCUUGGAAAAAUCGAGAUGAUCGAGCGAUGAGUCAACGAGCUUAUCAAUUAUUCCCGGUAUUAUAUGAUGCGAUUGCAUUUGAAGGUGGCACAUCAACAACUCCAACCACAUAUCGUGUCAUCUUGGCGGAAUGGGAAAAAGAACUUUUAUUCAAAUUAUUUGCGACAGUUUCUGAUUUUAAAAUGACUGAAACAUUAGCAAAUGACAUUGACCCAGGCCUAUUGGAAAUUCAACAACACCGAUCAAAGCCUAAUUUACUAAAGCGUACUUCUCGACGUAUUCGAAAUAUACUGAGACAUGCUAUUGGCCUUCGUGAUUUGUCUUCAUUCAAUGAUAGAGAUGUAUCAGGAAUAUCAUGA